AUGGAUGGUCCUUCUGGCUACUGUCUCGUCCCUCUGCUGGCUACGCUGCAAAGAUGUGUAGGAAGAAAAAACCAGUAUUUCAGGAGUCCUGUAAUGAAGGCAGAGGUCUCUCAGGCAGCUGCAGAGCUCCAGCAGUACUGUAUGCAAAAUGCCUGCAAAGAUGCCCUGCUUGUUGGGGUUCCUGCAGGGAGCAAUCCCUUUCGAGAACCCCGAUCCUGUGCUCUACUCUGA